AUAUGCAGAUAAGCCAUCUCUCCAUCUGAGGAAGAUAGAGACCAAUAAGCUCUUCAGCAAACAAGAGCUCACUCCUUCAUCCAGAAAUUUGACCAUUUUUAAAUAUUUCCACCCAGUUCACUUCGACAAAAAGAGAGCAGAACGUCGGGUGAAAAUUGAAGAACUACAGGAUUCAACUAGGGAACGAUUUGUUUAACACACGCCUCACGGAAAAUUUGAAAAACGAGUCGCUGACAAAGGUCAGGUUGGGUUGCUAAAGGGGGAGCUUCCCAGAAGAAAAAGAGGUUCAAGUUGGACUCGAUGGAGGUCAAGGUGGCGUCCCCUUCAGCCAGCAGGAGAUCAUCACAGACCAAGAAAUUAGUCGGCGGAAAGCGUGGUUGCCACGUGGUGGUGAAAGUCUUCCCAUGCAAAAUAUGCUUUCGCCCCUUCACCAACGGAACCAGUGCUCACCUCCACGCCCGCACCCACCUUAACUCCGCCGAGCUGGAGAAGACCUCACUUUUCCACGCGAAAUGCCCCCACUGCCAAAAAAUGUUCUUCGUUCAUCACCACUUAACCGACCAUCUCUUCGUCCACCUGAGUCGCGAGGAGCGCGCGGAGGUGGCGCAGGGCUGGCGACACGGCUGCUACUUCUGUACCAAACGGUUCAGAGUUUCGUCCCAUCUCAAUCUUCAUCUUCUGACCCACACGAAAGAAAAGUUGGGCGGGAUAUGUCACGUGUGUCGAAAAACGUUCACCUCCAAACAAAACCUGACCAGGCAUGGGUUCGCCCAUCUCUCCGAAGACGAAAAGAUCGCCCUCGUGAAGCAGGGGAGGAGUCGAAAGUGCCUCUUCUGCCAGAAAAAAUUUCCCGACAACCGCGCUUAUCACGUUCACCUGGUCUCCCACACGAAGGAGAAACCUUUCCGCUGCGACCAUUGCGGGGCGCUUUUUGGUUUAAAAUAUAACUUAAACAAGCACAAGCUCAUUCACAGCGAGGAUCCGCGACCGUUCAAGUGCGACAAAUGUGACCAAGCGUUCAGUCAAAAACAUCACAUGACCAGUCACAAGAGGACGGUUCACCGGAAGUUGAAGGACUUCGCGUGUCCCGUGUGCGGCAAGAAGUUUGGGAGGAAGAGUCAUAUGGUGGGACAUCUGAGGAGUGUUCAUGCCAAAAUCCGGCACCCCAGCCCCCACUGCGGCAAGACGUUCACGCAGAAAGGCCAUCUUGGGAUACAUUUGAGGAAACUUCAUCCCUCAGAACCUUCGGCGAAAUAGCGUCGCAUCAAGUGACCACGUGUUUCCCAGAUUUAAUAUUUUCCUGAUUUCGCCGUUUAUGACGAGAUGAUUAUUCUUGUAGGACUGAUAAAAAUGGCGUAAUUGAAUCAUUUAGUAAACAUGACCCGAUUUUUGCUACCGUUUUAACUAUGAUGAUUUUAAUGUAGUAAAGUUAUUCCGUUUUUUGUAAAA